AUGGAGUUGGCUAACAUAGCAAAAUGCUUAUUGUUGGGUGUUGUGAUUCUGUGGAUUCAAAUCCAUGGAAACAAAGGUUGCUUUGAAGAAGAGAGAUUGACUCUCUUAGAUUUCAAGGCAUUUGUUGGAUCAAAUGGGUUUGACGCAGACCAUCUUCUUCCUUCAUGGAUUGAUGAUCCAACUAGCAAUUGUUGUAAAUGGGAGCGUGUCAUGUGCAACUCAACUACAGGUCACGUGACUGAUCUCUCGCUCAACAAUACCCGACAAUAUGAUCUAGAGAGUGUUAUGUUUUGUGCUGAUGAAAAUAGUUGGUAUGUAAACUUGUCAAUUUUCCAGCAACUGAAAGAGCUCAAAACUCUUAAUUUAUCCUACAACUAUUUCGAUUGUUCCAUUGAUGACCAAGGUUGUGAAAAAUUAUCAAAACUGAAGAAGCUUGAAGUUUUGGACCUUACUUGGAAUAGAUUCAAUAAUAACAUCUUACCAUCAUUGGGUGCUCUUAUAUCACUUAAAACUUUGAUUCUUGGCAACAAUGAAAUGGAAGGUUGUUUUCCUCUGCAAGGUAUGUUUGAUCUUUAAAAAUCAUUCAAUCUUAAAAUCCAAUUAAACUCACUCAACCAUGCUCUCUGUUUUCAAAUUUUAUUUUCCAUUAUAUUUUUAAAAUUGUUUUUUCAGCUUAUGCUGUAAGUGCUAUUUUUAAUUAUAUAAAUUAUAGGUAAACUUUAAAUUCCUACAGAUGAAUUGUCUUUACAUUUAUAAAAUAAUUAUUUUUUUAUAAAAAAUUAAUUGGAAUUGUCAAAUGAUACUUCUGCAAAAUCAAAUUGUCAAAUUAGAGGAGUUGGAAUAGUUUUAGCAUCUUAUCAUCAUUAGCUGCUCUUCCAUCACUAAUACUUUGAUUCUGGAUAAUAAUUACAUGGAAGGUUCAUAUGCAACUUUAUUGUUUAUUAUUGAUUGAAUCACUACCAUACUCUUGAUCUUAUUCUCAAUUUUUUAAAAUUAUCCUUAAAAUUUUAUUUAAUAAAAUAAAAUGGAACAACUCUAUAUUUAAAUAAAUAUUUCAU